AGAAGCGGACGAGACGGAGAGUGAGUUAAUUAUUGGCGGCAUUGAUCCAAGUAAAUAUACUGGUCGUAUCGGAAAAAUUGUUUCAGGAAUAUCCUCAAUAAUUGUACCGUUCGACGAUGCCUACAAAAUUUAUCAGCAAAUCCCUAAUGCAACUGAUCAUGAUGGAAAAUUCGUAAUACCUUGUGAAAGUGAAUUUAAAGUUAAAAUAAAAAUCGGCAGUGUUGAUUGGGAUAUUGAUCCGAGAGAUUUGAUAGAUGUUCAACGAUUUAGAAAUCGAGAAACAUGUAGUGGAAUGAUAAUGGGUGGAAUUACAGAU